AUGCAAACAUGUUCAACAUUAGAUACAAGUUCAAAUAAUUUAUUUACAAAUAUUGAACGAUUAGGUUCAAUUAUAUAUCUAUCUGAUUUAUUGACAUCAUCACAACAUUUAUCAAAUUUAUAUGAUGAAUAUUUUUGUACAUGGUUUGAUGAAGAUGAUUUAAUGAUAUCCUUAAUAAGUUAUAAUUUAUGUAAAUCUGGUAUAUUACUUGGACAAACAACAAAAGAAUAUAAUGAAUUAUAUCUACGUUUAAUUGAACACGAUUUUAAGUUAACUAAAAUUCAUGCAUAUGCAUCAUGUUUAUUUUUUACUUGA